GAGGCGGUGAGCGGGACGUGGUGAAAUGUUUACCUGUCCUGCAGGGCCUUUACCCAGCAAAGUGCUUUAUUAUUAUUAUUAUUAUCAUCAUUAUUACUAUUUUAUUUUGUUUUCAUGUCUGCUCGGGUUUGUGCUGAAUAAUUAAAACUGAUCAGGAUUCCUGUGGGACGCGGUGAUGGAAGUUCAGCAUGUUUAUAAAAAGGAAGAACCGGAGGAGGAGCCCGAGCUGAAAUCCCCGGACUCGGGUGAGACCCGGACGCCGAGGAGAGCGCUCCGAGGCCGGGGAGCGACCCGAGCGGACCCCGCUGCUCUGCUUUCAUCACCGGACACUAACGGAGCAGCGGGCACUAAUGCUCCGAGUGUACCGGGAUCCGGACGGGUUCUGCGGGACAGAUCUACCCGGUCUGUGCCUUUAUGGAGGAGGAAGGACAUAGCGGAGGAACAGGAAGGAGGAGAAGACGAGGACGAGGACGAGGAUGAAGCUCCACGCCGGAGGAAAGCAGCCUGCCCGCGGCGCAGGAGGAACCCAGAGCCGGUCCCAGACUCCACAGCUCCGUGUGAUGAGAGUACGGACGGCACAGGGGCUCGAGCACCUGGAACCAAGCGGGCGCAGAACCGCGGCAGGACCACCUCGAGUCGGGCGCACCGGGGCUCACCGCGGGUCGUGUGUAAGAGCGAACCGGAGCUGGAGAACGCCAUGGAUCAAACAGUAGAGGCAGCUGAGAAGAAAACAAGUGGUGAGGAGGAUCGUGACAGAAAGCAGGACGACGUGCCGCAGAACGAAGGAGAUUCGUCGGUCAACGACGACCCAAAAGACGGACUUUACAAGCCUCGGGCACAGAGUGAGGAUGAGGAGGGGGUCAGCAGUGAAGAAGACUUGCCCUUCAAAGAUGACCUGAACGACCAAAGCUAUGAUCCCAAAUCUGAGAGAGACGCCCCGAAGCCGAGGCGCCGAGCCCCCCCUCGGCUGAGAGAGAAGAAGGAGCGAGCGGCCGGGGCGGAGGGAGAGGAGGAAGGAGAGACGAAGGGUACGGAGGGCGACGUAGAGAAGGAGGUGAAGACCGAAGGAACCGAGGGAACGGAUGUGAAGCAGGAGUCGAGAGACGGAGCAGAUCCUCCCAGAAAGAGAGGGAGGCGGAGGAAAGACGACAAAAGCCCUCGUCUGCCGAAAAGAAGGAAGAAGCCGCCGGUGCAGUACGUGCGCUGUGAGAUGGAGGGGUGUGGGACUGUUCUCGCCCAUCCACGCUACCUUCAGCAUCACAUUAAAUACCAGCACCUGAUGAAGAAGAAGUACGUGUGCCCUCACCCGUCCUGCGGCAGACUCUUCCGCCUUCAGAAACAGUUACUGCGCCAUGCCAAACACCACACGGAUCAGAGGGACUACAUCUGUGAGUUCUGUGCUCGAGCGUUUAAGAGUUCUCAUAACCUCGCCGUGCACCGUAUGAUCCACACCGGAGAGAAACCGCUGCAGUGUGAGAUCUGCGGCUUCACCUGUCGCCAGAAAGCCUCCCUCAACUGGCACAUGAAGAAGCACGACGCCGACGCCACCUACCAGUUCUCCUGCACCAUCUGCGGCAAGAAGUUCGAGAAGAAGGACAGCGUGGUGGCGCACAAGGCCAAGAGCCACCCGGAGGUCCUGAUCGCCGAGGCUCUCGCCGCCAACGCGGGCACCCUCGUCACCACCGCGACCAUGCCGUCGGGACAGGUGACCCAGGUGGACGUGAACCCCGGCAGGGCGCCGGAGCAGGACCGGUCAUCGCACUCCAUGCAGACGCCCUCGGCAGGCGACGGGCAGAGGGAUUUAGCAGGGGGCGGAGCCUCGUCCAAUCGGACGAUGCAAACUGUUCACUUUGUCUCCGCCCCCGUUUCCCAGCAACAGCUGGCCGUUCCGCCUCUCCCGCAGAUCGUCCACAUGACCUUCGCCGCUCUUCCGUCUACUCCUCGGCUCCCCCUGCAGUUGCCCCUGGCGAUUAACUCCGCCCCUUCCGUCUCGCUCCUCCCGCCGGUGUCGGCCCGUCAGGCUUUCACGGCCGAUCCUCCGCCCCCGUUGCCUGCCCCGCCCUCCUCUCGUCCUCACCCUCCGCCCUGCGGGGACCGGAAAGUGGACAGCGUGCUCUGGGAGGGCGGGAACAUCGGCAUGGGCGGAGUCUGGGAUGCGGCGGGCGGAGCCGGCGAGGCUCAGGUGGUGACGGACAGCUCGGAGGAGCCCAUCCAGCGCAUACUGAUGUAGCCGGCGCAGUUAGAACGAAUUAGGAAGGUACACGAGGAGACUAGCGUAGUGUAUUAGCACGUUCACGUCACGUUGGAGCCAUAGUCGCGGCGAAAAUCGCGACCGGCUAAAUAACGGAAGUAAAAAAUGCAUAUUUAUAACAAGACCGACUCACCAUGAGCUGCCAGGUUGUAAAACGAUGGUACACACUCCUGUAAACGCUGUAGAUUAAUCAGAAUACACCUUACUAAUAUUGAGCUACAAGUAAAGUCCUAAUAAAAACUCCAUUACCCACAAUCCCAUUGCAAAUCUGACCAAUCAGAGACUUCGCUGCACCAUAACAGGAGAGCUGAAUCGUAUCAGCACACUCUCUGUGCUAUCUUGCAUAGGUACUAGCUAACGAUACAGGCAUAGCAUAGUAUGUAAUAUGAAGAACUCCAUUACCCAUAAUCCCAUUGCAAAACUGCAUCAUGGAAACGAUGCUGAACCAUAUUAACCUCUCUAUGUUAAGGUUACCAUUAUAUGGUCUAAUGGCCUGCCAUCCUGCUUAUUGGCAUCAUUCAUCCUGGCAUCUGUUUUCUUCUAGACGUUAUACAUUUUUACACCACCCGUGUUCUGGCCACUUCUUUGCACCAACCAGCAGCCGGUUCCCGUACAGAGCCGAGUCAUGCUGUGCUCUGUGUGAAUCCCUGACCAGUCCUAGGGAUUGCACGACCCUACCUCCUUAAAGCACAGCCAGUUUUGUCUGUUGGACGCUCGUCCGGGUCAGUAGCACCGCUCUAGCCCACCUCCACCGCCCGAUAGGCUGUCAAAACAGCUUAGACGCACCGAGACGUGGACUCGUGUGGUAUCUGGUACCAGGUUACCACCAGCUCCUUUACCUUCUGUAGUCUGGUGCAUCGUCCCACUGUUGGUGAUAACUGGGUUCAUCAGACCAGUUGACCCUCCCUUAAUCUGAUGUCCAGUUCCGAUGCCUGUGCGUGCUCGUUGUAGAAGUCUUAGACGACCACAGCAACAUGAUUGGCUGUCCGAGAUGGUCGGACGAGGCGCCCGCACGAGAGACGGUUGAUGGUCGACUUCUGGUAGGUGAAAAGAAGAGGAUGGCAGGAUCCUUGGCCAGGGUUUGUGGUUCUGCUGCUGAGGCGGUUACAGUUGGGGAAUUGGAUACGACCAGAGUGUGCUCUCUACGUCUGUAAACAGAGCGUGGGUGGUGCGGGCGGUGAGGGUCCGUAUUUAGCAAUCUGUAAUUCAGGCGUCAGCUGUUGGAAAUGGAUUGAAACGAACCCGACAGCAUUAAUCACACAUCAUUUUUAUUCGACAUCAUAAGGUUAUCCAUCACUGACUGUAAAUGAAAGGACGGGUUCAUUAAAACAUUUCCAAGGGUGUUUAGAGCUCGUAUCAGCUGCUGCAUCGUGGGAUAUGCGGUUCUUUUCCUUAUAAAAAACUUGUUUCUACACUCACUGUCCAUUUUAUCAGCUCCACUU